GUUUUAUAAGAGGGUGGCGCCCUUAGGGAAAACACACAGGUGUUAAAGUCAGUUUUAUAUAAGGGCUCUACAUAUGAAUAAUCUAUUAUCGGGUUGAAUUACAUUUUGUAGAUUAUUAUGGAGGAAUCAUCUUCGCUAAAAGUAGAAACCCUUUGUAAAGUUUGCGGCGAUAAGGCUUCAGGAAAGCAUUAUGGCGUGUCAAGUUGCGAUGGUUGUAGAGGAUUUUUCAAAAGAAGCAUUAGAAGGAAUCUAGAGUACAGUUGCAAAGAAAACGGAAGAUGUGUUGUCGAUGUUACUAGAAGAAAUCAGUGUCAGGCUUGUAGAUUCAAAAAGUGUCUACAGGUCAAUAUGAAAAGAGAUGCUGUUCAACAUGAAAGAGCUCCAAGAACAACACAUUCAACCCUACAGCACUAUCCAGUGGGUUUAUCUCCAAGAUUCCGUACAUUACAACCAACGUCAAUGUUCCCUCUACACUUUGCCACGUCUCCAUUACUGGAACAUUCCAUUAGUCCACCAAUGAUGGCAGGCCAGAACAGUUACUUGCCGCAAGGGUUACUAUACCCCAGCAGUAUGUUGGCCGGCCAGUUUCUAAAGCCUGGAUUGUUGAUGGGUUCGUCUAUGUUGUAUCCGGAAAAAACUCUUCCUUAUUUGAAAACGGAAAUAUCUGGCGGUGGUUUGAAAGAUGACGAAGUUACAAGUUCUGAAGAAAUCAGCAGUCAAGAUACAAUUAAAGAUGUAGAAAUAUCUAAUUCACGCCUGGAAUUGCCAAUUGAAGCAAAAUCUUCUGCUCAUAUGCCACUGGACGUACCGUGUCUGUCACUUUUUGCGGAAAAUAUUUACGAAUCGGCCGCUAAAUUGUUGUUUUUGGCUAUUAAAUGGGCCAAAACCAUACCGUCUUUUUUACAAUUAUCGCACAGAGAUCAAGCGAUCUUGUUAGAAGAAAGUUGGAGCGAACUUUUCAUUUUGACUGCUGCGCAAUGGGCUCUUCCAAUAGAUGAAGUAGUUCUGCUCAACAACGCAGUAGCCCCAACAACAAGGCACCCAAUCUUGGAGGACGAAGCCAGAAAACUCCGUGAAGUAAUUUCCCGAUUGAACAUGCUCAGAGUAGAUCAUACCGAGCAUGCUUGCUUGAAAGCUUUAGUUCUAUUUAAAGCAGAAUGUAGAGGCCUCUGCGAACCAACUCACGUAGAGCUACUACAAGACCAAACUCACGUGAUGCUUCACGAAUAUUGCGCACAACGUCAAAGUCAUCACAAGGCCAGAUUUGGUAAGCUUUUAUUGACUCUGCCAGCGAUCCAGAAUAUUUCCAGAAGGAGUUUGGAGGAGUUGUUAUUCAAACAAACAGUUGGAGAUGUGGCUAUUGAUAAAUUGCUGGGGAAUUUAGCUAAGUCAACUUAUGGAUAAAUAGUUUUGGAUUUUUUAGACGUGUGUUUGGGUAGCUAUUGUUCUUAGUGCUCGCUCUAAUAAUACGAAUACUUCGGCAACCAAAAUUAUACAUAUUUUUUGUGGAUAACCCUCAAACUAAGAUGAAAUUCUACUUUAUUUGAAAGCAGAAAAAUUCACAUGAUAUCGGUAACAAUAAGACUAUAUAUUAUGGUUUUCCUGUUUGUUGGGACGCUUUACUCGUUAUGGUAUCCGAUAUAAGAUGAGUUAACUGCAAAAAUUUUUGAAUUGUAACUAUAUUCAAAAUUUAAUUUAACUUAUCACUAUUCAUGUUCCAUAUUUUGUAUACCAAUUACUUAAAUCUUAGUCGAUUUUGCCUUAGUUAAGAGUGAGCGCUUGACUGUCGUGUUCUAGUCAAUUUUGUUAUAUUAUGUACCUAUGUAAAUUUGCCUUUAUGAUUUAUUUAUUUAAGGUUUUUAUAUAAAUAUGAUUGUUAAUUAUUAUUUAAUAAAUAAAAUGUGAUUUAUAAAAACAUCGAAAUUUCUUUUUCCUUUUUCGCGCUCUCUUUCAUAAACUUGAUGUACGAGGUAAUCAGGUCGUCCAUUUUGUAUCCUUGCGACGUUUCACACAGUAAUUUAGUUUUUCUCAUGACGUUCCCAAUGGUUAGUUGGAAAUAAGUGUUUCCUGAACCCCAAUUUGCUAGUUCGGAAUAGUCGUGGACGGCCAAAAUAUC